AUGGGGAAGUGUUUGGGCAUCUCUGUUAGGCCUUCCUUUAUCACCCAAAGGGUCAGAGUGAUGUGGAAACUUAGAGGCUCUCUUGAGGUCAUCGACUUAGGAAAAGAUGUCUAUCUUUUUCGUUUCUCAGUCACAGAAGAUUAUGAGCGUGCCCGUCUUGGUGGUCCUUGGUUUGUUCUUGAUCACUAUUUGAUGCUUACUAAAUGGAAACCAAAUUUCCGACCAUCUAUGAAUCCAUUUAAUAGAAUGAUGGUUUGGAUUCGAUUCCCGAAACUUCCAGUUGAGUACUACGAUAAGCUAGCCCUAUUUGAAGUUGCUAAAACAGCAGAAAACCCAAUUCGAGUUGAUUAUGCUACUGAUCAUCUCACUCGUGCCAGAUAUGCCAGAGUCUGUAUUGACAUUGAUCUUACCUUACCGUUAGUUAACUCAAUUUGGGUUAGUAAUGGGUGGCAACAAAUAGACUAUGAAAACAUACACUCACUAUGUUUUAAUUGUGGAAUUAUAGGCCACCUAAAAGAAAAGUGCUCACUCAACAACAAAGGGAAACAAUUUGUUACUCAAGCUCCCCUCCAUUCCACCGAGGCCUCAACUUCCAAAUCCACUAACCUUAGCCAUACAAAAAGUGGGCCUACUACUAUUACCCAAGCCCAGCACAUGGAACCAACCUCUUUGUCAAACUCCACUGAGAUUUCUUUACCCCACUCCAUUGAAACAUUUGAUUGA